GAGGCGUGGUCAUGCUAAUAAGAUGUGGGUGUGGUCAUGCUAGUUUGGGGCGGGGUUAUGUUAAUGAGACGUGGGCGUGGUAUUGUCGGUAUUACCCUGGCAACCGCGUCCCGGUGGGCGGGGUUUCCCCACCACUCUCUCUUCUCAUUGGUCCGCUGCCGUUUCCCGCCGCUGUUCUCGCUCCUGAUUGGUCAGCGGCGUUGCCGGGCUCCGUGAGGGCUCCGUGAGGGCUCUGCCAUGGCGGCGGCGCUGGAGGACGCCGUGGGCACCGUGUGCUGGUGGGGGCUGUCCCCGGCCAUCGAUCUCCGCCUGCACCUCCCGCCGGGACCGGAGGCCUCGGUGCUGCUGGUGGGGGCGGCCGAGGGCCGGCACCUGCUGAUGACGGCGGCCCGGGCCCGCCGGGGACCCCCCCGCGACAUCACGCUCUUCGUGGUCGAGCAGAGCCCCGAGCCCGUGGCUCGCCAGCUCCUGUUCCUGCUGCUGGCGCUGGAAGCACCGGAGCGGCCCCCGGUGUCCCUAAUGACCCCCCCCGCCCGCGCCGCCGCCGUGCUGGAGCUGCUGGGCUCGGGCUCGCUGGGGCCGGGCACGGCGGCGCUGCUGCGCGGGGCCGCGGGCCGCCUCCGCCGCUGGCUGCGGGCGGAACCGGACCCGCACCGGCACCGGGACACCGAGCGCCACGGGCCCGCCGACCUGCGCCUCAUGAAGUGCCGGGACCGGGACGCUCUCGAGGCGGUUCUGCGGCGCUGGGAGCGGGCGGUGCCGGGCCCGGGGGCGGUACCGGAGACAGAACCGGGCCCGGGGGCGGUACCGGAGGCCGAAGCGGGGCCGGUACCGGGGCCCCCGGGCUGGGACCGGCGGCUGCGGCGGCGCCUCGGGGCCCGUUACGAGUCCCGGGCGGCGGUGGCGGAUUGGGAGCUGCGGAUGGCGCUGCACCCGCGGGGGGCCACCUCGCUGUCCCCGGCCGAGUUCGGGCGCUGGCGAGAGAGCGGCGACGCCUUCGGGGGAGGGGGCGCGACCCCCAACCCAACGGUGCUGAGCGACCCCCGGCCCCGCGCCGUGAGUGAACGCCCCGGUGUCCCCAAGGCCCCCCCCGGUGUCCCCAAGGCCACCUCGCUGUCCCCGGCCGAGUUCGGGCGCUGGCGAGAGAGCGGCGACGCCUUCGGGGGAGGGGGCGCGACCCCCAACCCAACGGUGCUGAGCGACCCCCGGCCCCGCGCC